AUGCCGCUCUGCGCUCUUCUGAGUGCCUUGAUCUUCAGAAGACAUUACGGUUGGCUGGAAAUCCACGGCUUGGCCUUCUUGACGUUGAGCAUCAUGAUCUUCGUGGAGUUGGGUGCCCGUGCCAGCGGCCUGUCCGAAUCUUCUGAGGCCGUGGCUUUCAAUUUGAUUUCCAUCGCCUUUUCGUGUCUAUCCUCAGUCUACCUGGAGAAGUUGUUGAAACCCAAGUACAACGAAAGGAGCAUCUUGGAUCAGCACUUCUACAUCCAGAAGGUGUGGCUGGAGAUUGGUGGCCUACUGCUGUCUUUUCCUGGCCUGUUGAUCCUCCGGGCCGUGUCGAUGAAGCAAAGUCUCUUUUUCGGCAGCUGGCUCGAGAUGAUCCAAAUGGCCUUCAGCGGCUGGAUGUGUGCUGCCAUCAUGGCGAGAGUUGUGCAGAGCUGGUUCACGGGCUAUGUCUCCAAAUACCUCUCCACACUGGCCCGCUCUGUCAUCCAGUGCUUGGCAGUGAUCGUUGUACACUUCUGGGACUUGCUCUUCGGAACAGGUGAAAGCUGGGAUUUGGUGGUGACCUUGUUGGCUUUUGUAGUGUGUUUGAGUGCUGUGAUGUACCAAACUGGACGAAGGAUCACCUCAGAGGCGGAGCCAGGUGCACGGCCAUCGGUGCCCAAUGGGCAGGCAGAGUCAGCUCCUGGUAGCCUGGUGCGGCACGCUGGUUCAUCGCUGGCUGGUGCCGAAGCGAGAGCUGCACCAAGGAGCGAUGGUUCCAGCUUGAUCCCUGAUGCUCAGCUCAUCAGCUGUGUGUUCAAUGAGGUGGAGGAGCAGGGUGCCAACGAGGCCGGUGACGAGAUGCCGCCGAAGGCCGCGCCAAAGGGGAAGGCCAAGCCGGCCACCAUGAAGUACACCAUCGACUGUCAGCAGCCCGUGGACGAUAACAUCCUAGAGGUCAAGGAUUUUGAAAAGUUCCUGACCAAUCGGAUCAAGGUGGAUGGAAAGACAGGCAACUUGGGCGACAAGGUCAACAUCAGCAGGGAGAAGGCGAAGAUCCAUGUGACCGUGGAGGCCCCAUUCUCCAAGAGGUACUUGAAGUACCUGGGCAAGAAGUAUUUGAAGUCGCAGAAUCUCCGCGACUUCUUGAGGAUAGUGGCACCGAACAAGAGUUCCUAUGAGAUGCGAUAUUUCAACAUCAACGACGCUGACAAAGAAGCUCAGCCGGCGCCGGGGCCGAGCAUUGGCUUGUUAGAUCGCACGUGGUACAAGCAGGUGGGAACUGAAGCUGCCCACAAGGGACCCAUGUGGCAGCAAAGGAGUUUUGCUACAGCUCACAUGGUCAACCGCUUCGCCACGAUGUCACAGGCCACGCGCAUCAACAACAAGUUGACCACCUGGCUCUCCUCUUCUGCUGGGGUCUCCGCACAGGUGCUAUGUGUGGUCGCCUUCAUCCUGGCAGAUGCCAGCCGAAACUUGAUCAAUGCAUGGGCCAUCAAGGACACGCCCAUCGUGCAACAGUCGCUGGUGUGGGCCAUGUCCGCCUCGUCCAUUCCCAUUGGAAUAGCCAUGUCCAUGGCGCUGGAUGGUCGCGAAGGAGCAUGUGCUGCCUUGCUUUGGCGUGACGCCUUAACGUGUUUACCCGUGGCGGCAUGCUUCUCUCUGGGUCAGACUUUGCAGAUCAAGGUGGUGUCCUCUUGCAUCGGCUCACUGAUGUGUGAGAAGAUCAUGAAGGCUCGACCGUAUCCCUUCUACACACAAAAGGUGCACCUGGAGUUUGGGGGGUUGGCAACGGCCACAGCCAUGCUUUUCAUUGUUGGUAGCCUCAGUUCACGACCAGAGGAUGCUUUCUGGAAGCAGCGGUCAGUAGAUGGUGUCAUGAAGGCAGGGCUGUGCUCCGCCAACCGAAGCUGCUAA